CGCCAGGUCACGUGCCACGCUAAGACAGCGGCUAAGUAUAACAUCCAUGUCCAAUCCUUCGCUCCCGCCAACGCUAUCGGCCACUCGCCCUCUCGCAGCUCAAGUAGGUGGUCAUGCGGGCGUUGAAACGACAGAAGAUGGAUCCCUUUUGCUCAAACCUGCUCUCCCUCGGGAAAUCGAGUUUUAUCAACAGAUCGCCGCUGCAGGCGAUCACGACGAACUAUCGAAGCUAAGAAAGUGGAUUCCAAAGUUCCUUGGAGUGCUGAAGCUCGAAGGGCAACUCAAAGAUUCAAAUGGGGCUGGGAAUGGAGGCGAUGAAAAAGUGGAAGUAGUCCCUGUCCAUGGGGAAAUUGCGCCGGAGGAUAAAGAGCGCAUCGUCCUUGAAAAUCUUGUGUAUGGCUUUGUGAAGCCUUGCAUUUUAGAUGUGAAACUUGGGACUGUCCUUUAUGACGAGGACGCGCCGCCCUACAAGCAAGCACGCAUGAUCGAGUCAGCUCAUAAUACUACUAGUGAGGAAACAGGCGUUCGCCUCACAGGAUUUCAGGUGUACAGCAACGACUCUCCCAAACCUAUCUUGACAAACAAAUGGUACGGGAAAUCGAUCAAGAAGGAACAACUUCCCGAGGGUAUUGAGAUGUUCUUUCCUGUCUCAUCUGCGCCUUAUCCCACACUGCCGAACUCUCUUGAGACGUCAGAGUCAGACGUGUCAAACCCACAUCCUGGUCUUCCCCCUAUCAUUCUCCACCGCGUUCUCACUACACUGCAAGCCCACCUAGAAGAAUUGAAAACCACGAUAUCGAACAUUGAGAUGCGCAUGGUAGCCGGGAGUAUUCUCAUAGUGUACGAGGGAGACUGGGAGCGUGCCUCGAAAGCACUUUCCACGCCUUCUGCGAUUGCCACGACGGAAGAAGACGAGGAUGAUGAAGUGGAGGUCGAGAUAGAUGAAAAUGGACAGAUUGUUCUAGAGUCCAUACCCGACGAAGCGAUAGAGGAAGAGGAGGAACACCAAGCUCCUUUGUGUUCCCUUUCUCUCAUAGACUUCGCGCAUACUCGACUUAUCGAUGGCGCAGGUGCUGAUGAGGGCGUGUUGAAGGGCAUGCAGACCAUGGUCGAUCUUGUUAGACAGCGGAAGGAUAAGAUCGCAACGAUGCUGCCUAGCGAUGGGUAACUGGAUCUCGAUUGGUUGCGGUUCAGGGGAAUAUGGUACACAGCAGAACU